AUUGGGAAACACUGGUCUAGUGGAUGAUCACUAUGUAGUUAACAGCAACUAGAAAACUUCUUCUCUGGUUUAUAUGUGGUAAGUUGAUUAGCCUUAAUGGUCAUUAUCAGUAUACGUACAAUCUGAUAGGAUAUCAUAAUCAUACUGUAAACAAAAGCCUGUGAUUGGGUUACUGCAGCCUUAGUAAAAGAUUGAGCUGGAUGCUAUCCCAGAUUUAUUACAGGGAGGGUGUAGCUGAAUGUCAUAAGAUGAUGUUUAACACGCAUGCUUUACGACUCACAGUACAAGUAACUGAGAAACAAAUCAUCUGACAAUAUCACAGCCUGCGAUUCUUUUUAAAACAUGAAGUGAACUUUGGAGAUGAUCUCUGCUGUCAGCAUGUUGGACGUAUUAAAGUGAAGCUGCUUAUUUGAAGCUGUGUGCUAUACUGUAUGGAUUAGUUUAGGUUACAUUUAUUUCUACAGUAGCGCUUCAAGUUGGAUCCUCUUGCGUGUCAGGAGGAUAGAAAUAAACAGUAUAGCUGGGUGCUCUCUUUUAAAUACAGUAGAAGAAUGAAGAGAUUCAGUCAAGUUGGACUUCAUGGUCAUGAGAACUUUGGGAUUGAACUGACUGAUGGAAUCUCUAGUCAGUCAGUGAGGUCCAUUAUUGGUUCACCAGCUUCUAUGGCAUCAGAUGUGGGCCGGUCAGUCGCCAACUUGGCAUCCUACGCGAGAGGCCGGUGGAAACACGUCGCCCGAAAGUGUGCGAAGAAAAAACCUACAGAGGAAAGUAUUAGCAACAAAUACAGAGGUCUGGCAAUGGACGAAGAUGCUAUUGAUGGACACGACAGCAAAAGCCAGCUCAAUAAAAGAUUACUGGAUCAUUUCCGAGCUCUUGCAACCAGCAACAAAGACACAGACGAGGUGGACCUUCAGUUUCUGAAUGAUGUCCUCACGAGUGGUGCCAGCCCCAACACAACAGAUAAAUACGGCCAAACAGCCCUGCACGAGAUAUCUCGAGCGUGGAAUGUGGAUGUGAUGCGUUUUUUCCUGGAAAGAGGGGCAGAUUUUCAAAGGGCGGAUGGGUUUGGAGUUACACCCCUUCAUGUAGCUGCUGCUCUGGAUUAUGAGGAGAUGAUGCAGUUCUUGUUAGAAAGAGGAGCUGAUAUUGAAGCUCGCACAUACCAAGACAAUCAGACUCCACUACACUUUGCAGCUAAGAAUGAUGCUGUUGGAGCAGUCAGACUGUUGCUGCAGAACGGGGCUGACAUAACUGUACAAGACUAUAAAGGGAGAACACCACUACAGCUGGCAGCUAACUUUGAUCGAAGCGAGGCGGCGCGCUUGCUGCUGGGGUUUGGAGCAGAUGCUGGGGUGCAGGACUCUGAUGGUCAACUCUGUAUCACUGCUAUGAUUGCUAAAAUGACCUCUGUGGCUGAUCUGGCCAUGAGUCAGUUUCAUGUGAAAGACAGAAUGACCCGGAAGCAGUUCUACUACCUUCAUCUCAUAGAGCCACAGCCCAUCAACAUGAAAAACCCAAAACGUUCUGAUCCAUCCUCUCCGUUGGAGUUAAUUGUCAGUCAGGGUAAACUGGAUCUCAUCAUGCAUCCUGUGGUGCUAAAACUCAUCAAUGUCAAAUGGAAGUUGUAUGGCAGAACAGGUGCCUGGAUACUCUUGCUUCUCAACUUCCUAUUUAUUGUCUCCUGGACGACAGUCGCCAUAUCUGUGUCAGGAAGUCCAGAAGAAGGAGAUCGCUAUAUUCUUCCUCGGGACUGGUGGCGUGUUUUGUUGGUGGUUUUGGCACUUGUGCUGACGAUGAUCGAGGUGUACAGGGAACUGAUGGAGAUUGUACGAUCACAAAGGAAACUCAAACACUGGCAGUGCUGGGCUGUACAGAAAGUCAAUGAUGACCUGAGCUGCUCUCAUCCUAUGUGGCCUGAGGAGCGCAUUUACUUAGAAGGACAAAUUAAGUUUAUUCGAAACCUGAAAGGCACCUACUCUCAGGACCCCUGGAAUAUCUUUGACUGGCUUGUGUAUGUGUUGUUACUGGCAGUCCUGGGCAUCCACUUUGCAGAUGUAUAUCUGAAGUCUAAGGCGCUUCGACAGAGCAGUCUUCGGCUGUUUGCCGUCUCCAUUAUUUUUCUUUGGUUGAGGCUGAUGAAGCAGGUCCGAGCCUUCAGGGCUAUGGGUCCCUUUAUCGUUAUGCUGGGAAAGAUCGCGGGAGAUGUGCUGCGUUUCCUCUUUUUGUAUAUCGAGAUCUACAUCCCAUAUGCAUGUGCUUUCUGGAUCAUAUUUGGAGGUUUAGCUGUCGUGCCAAGUAUGGAGACGGUCCCUCAGCUUCUCUACAGCCUGUACCGUAUUACUCUUGUGGAUGAAUAUGAGUUUGAUGCUAUGUUGGGUGUGGAUGCAGUCAUGGCUUACCUGCUCUGUGGAUCAUUUCUGGCCCUGUCGGCUAUUCUGUGUGUCAAUCUGCUAAUAGCUCUUCUUUCUGACACUUUUCAAAGGGUGUAUGACAACGCAUUGGCCAAUGCAGUGAUGCAACAAGCAGCUAUCAUUUUGCAGAUAGAAGAAUCUAUGCCUUUUCUGAGACGUUGCUAUGACAACAAGUACAUCCACCGCUGUUGUGCCCCGCUUGGUGAAUACUAUGAUGAUGAUGUCACCACCGACCCAGAACACCACGCUGAGAUGAAGAAACUUACAGAACAGAUCAAGGAUACUUUAGAUGAAUACCUGGACAUCCAAAAACAGACAACAUUUCAUUUAACCAGAGAAGAAGCCACAAGAGGGAGAGAAGACACACAUCCACAGGAUGAAGAGCAUCUUCAAUCUCUUCACAGACUUGAGAGAGAUCAGCAGAAGCACAGUCAGGACCUGAGCGAGCUGAAGUCUGAAGUGAAGGAACUUCACAGGUUGCUGCUCCAGCUGAUACAGGCCAAGACAAAAUCGUGUUAAAGACUGAUACACAUAUACGGUAGUGUUGUUCAGACAGACCACACUGAACAUCUGGGAUGAAAUGACAGUAUUUUUUAUACUUUCAAUGCACACAAGAUGAUUUCUGGGACCUUCUUGAACCAUUGUAUAAAAUGGGAUAAGAUGGAUCGUUAGGUUCUGGAGUCCGUGCCAACUUGAGUUCAUACUGUCAUUUAAAGAUGCAGUGUGUACAUUUUUGAAGGAUCUCUUGACAGAAAUGCAAUAUAAUAGACAUAACUAUAUUAUCGGUGGUGUAUAAAGACCUUACACAUAAUAAACCGUUAUGUUUUUAUUACUUUAGAAUGAGACGUUUUUACCUACAUACACCGAGGGUCUCCUCACAUGGAAGUCGCCGUCAUGUUUCUACAGUAGCCAUAAACGGACAAACUGCUCUACAGAGCACAUUUCGUCACUACUUUGUCUCAGACGACGACAUGGUUGUGUGACUGGCGGCUACCAUAGCUUCUCUAUGCGUUUCGAAAAGGAGGGGUGAGCUGUGGACUGAGCUGUUGGUUGCAAUUGACAACCUCACCGCUGCUAAAAUCCUUUAACGCAAAAGGUGUCUAUACAAAAAAAAAUGCAAUUAGGCAUGGGCUGGUUACCGUUUUUUUUAACCGAGGUUUUAAACAGGCAAGAUUUUUGAAACCACUAAAAUGUUCUGUGAUACCGUCUCCAAGGUAUGAGCUGUGUUUAUACAAAAUUCAUUAAAUCAUUAUGUCAUGUGAUUGAUUUGAUGUUUACAUUUAAUAUACAUUACGAAAAUAAUAAAUAUUGUUUUAAUUUAAAGGCUUUAUUUUUAACUGGCAUUUGAAAAUAACACAUUUUAGUGUUGCAACGGCAAUACCGCAACACUGUGAAACCGUGGUAUUUUUGCUAAAGGUUAUCAUACCACCAGAAUCUUAUACCGGCCCAUGCCUAAUUGCAAUAGGUUAAUUCUAUAAAAAAAAUAUUUUACUAAAAUCAAUAUGUUGAUAAAGAAACGUUAUUACAUGCAAAAAAAAUGCAUUAAAAAUUGUUGCACUUUAUAAUAAAGCAAAUGUACAAAAGGUUGUAAGUGCAUUUUUGUAAGCACAUACAGUAUAUAUUUUGUUUGUAGUUAUGUGUGGGUUUACAGUAAGUAAUGUGUUUAGUGUUUAACAACUAGUGGUGAUGGCUAGAAACCCUUGGGGACAAAGCAACCUGCAGUGGACAGAAAAACUGGCCCAUGAAGUCAAUGCUAAAUUUGAGCCUGAUUUUGCAACACAAGUGAUCUAUGGUCUUUGACAAUGACAAAACUCUCAUAUAGCAUUUCGUUUACACAAUAGAGGGUAUGCACGUGACGUCACCUUCAGCGAAAGUGACUGAGUGGCAAAAACGCCCAAAUUAGCAUAGCGUGAAACGCGUCUAAAAUGGGAAAAGUAGUUGUGUGAUCGACUGUGCUAACAGAUUCAACAAAAAUUUAGAGCUCAGACUAAGGUAAAAUUCCUAUAAAAACUACACCAAUGAAUACUCUUAUUCUGUGUAAUUGCCAAGUUUUGUCAGCGAAUCUUCAGUAAAAAACAUCCAUUAUGAUGAGACUUGUGUUCUUCAAAGGUGGGAUGGUUUAAUAGUGUUAGACAAGACAAACAUAUCCCAGACAGCAGACGACUCUGGGCCGGAUCCGGUCCGGAUCUGUGCCGAAGUCAACAGCUCUGACGCUGAUCCGGUGCGGAUCCAGCCCAGAGUCGUCUGCUGUCUGGGAUAUGUCAGGAAAAGCAAUGUCUGGCCAUAUGCCAAUGUCCACAGACUACUGGUUGUUUGGCAAGUUUUUAGGGUCUCUGUUAAGGUCAACUAAAUUCAAUUUAAGCAGAUAAUAGUUUUACUGGCGUUUUUGCAGCAGCCGCUAUGAGAAACAGCCAUUUUUUGAAUGUUUGCCACUCAACAAGGCGAGCUCCGGCAUGGUCACAUGGAAAAGUGAUGUCAUUGCAUACCCUCUAUACAAAUCUUUAAAUAAGUUUACAUAGCAAUUAAUAUUGCUGUUUUCCCAACUUGCAAGUUAUGCAUUGUACCAUGUUUACAAUAUGUGCUUGCGGCUGUGCGCAGUUCCUUAUAAAGGAACAGUUUACCUAAUAUUACAAUUUUGUUAUUAUUUAGUCCGGUGGUUGUCAAACUGGGGGCCGCCAGAUGAUGCCAGGAGGCCCCAGUAGGCCUAUCAUGUCAUUUUAUGAAAUGUACUGUAUUAAUUAAUUAUAAAUUCUGUGUAAUCCUCAGAAUUUUUUGUUGUAUUAUUAAAAUUAUAAGAUUGUU